UCAAGCACUGGAAGAGAGGUGCGUAGCGAGCAUCUGAUUGGUCGGACGCACCACGUUGCUCAAACCUAAACAGCAGCGUAAAGCAGGGGUCUGCCGGAGCAUCCUCACCAUCCGAGCCGAGCGCAAAAAAACAACGAAACCUGAACAGCGCAGUACGCAGCAUCUGAACACGGGGUCUGAUCAUGGGUUCGUCCUCUUGGUAACAGUAUCCGAUCUACAACACUAACAUCCCCCCCCCCCUCCUCCCCCCAACCCUUCCCUGCAUCCGCAGGAAAAGCAACGCAAUGGGCUCCAGACUGAGCAGACAGAGCAGUCUGGACGAUGAGGAUUUCUCCAAAAAGCGACGCGAGCUCCUGGACGGCUCCGGAGAGAUGCGCGACAGGGGCAGCCGGGGCGGCGGCGACUUUCUGUUCGCACUGAUGCUGAAAUCGGACAAGCUGCCCGGCAUGCUGCGCAGGAGCAACCACAGCCCGUACAUCAGGCGAGUGGCGUGGGUCAAGGAGAUACAGAAGCUGCUGCGCGACCGCAGGAUGGAGCAGGCGACCGACGUGCUCAAACUACUGAGGAAGGACCUCGGUUUGGAAGGCACCUCGCUCAAUGACAUCUUAUACAAAAACGCUGCCUUCCUCAACCUGGUGGACCCCAUCUCACACGAGCUGUUGCUCAGCCUGGCUCGAGAGAUGCAAUGUCCUAAGAAGGAUGCAGACACCAGAAAGUCCUCUGAUAAGAUUUGCAGGCAGCUGAUCUACCACCUGACGCCGCACUCAAAGUGGCUGAGGCAGAGCAUGUCCAGACGGAAAUCUCAGGCCUGUCUCAAGACGACUCUACAGAAGAAGCUGUCCAGCGACUCGGUCGACCUCUCCGGCGUCCCCCUGUCCACCCGCGACGUCCGUCAGGUCGCCUUCUACCUCCAAAACAACAGAGACACCGUGGUGGCUGUGGACAUCAGCUUCACUGAACUCCACGACGAGAACCUGAAGAUCCUCCUGCCGCUUCUCGCGUCGCUGCCCAAGCUCAGCACCUUGGCCCUGAACGGCAACCGACUCACCCUCACCAUCCUCAAAGAGCUGACGGAGAUGCUCAAAGACCCCAAGAUGUUCUCCAGCCUGGCCUGGAUCGACCUGGGCAACAACGUGGACAUCUUCACCAUGCCUCAGCCGCUGCUGGUGGCGCUGCGUCGCCGCUGCAGCCUGAAGAGCAGUUUGCCGACCAUCUACGAGUACACCGAGGGUCAACCCUACUGCUACCGCCUGGAGACCUCCAUCGAGGAGCCCAGCCUCUACGAGGGGGAAGAGGAGGAGGAGGAAGAGGCGGAGGACGAGGAGGAAGACGCGGGGAACAAAUUUGAACUGGAGCCGUGGAGUUUAGGGGAGAAGCAGCUCUCCAAGGACUUCACCCUUCACUACUGUGAGAGGUGAUGGGGUCCUCUCGCUCCGAAGGCUCUUUCCACUGUGGUUGAAACGUCUUCCCACAGCACUCCCGUCACCUCCUUUUGCCCUCCCGCCCUCACACCACGAAGCCCCGUCACCUUUUGAGGCACAACGUGAGACCGGUAGCCACGCGGUUCUCGCGGCCAACACGGGCUACCAGGCCAUUCCCAACCAUCUCUGAGUUAACCCACACAAGACCGAAAGGGACGCGGCGGCGGGCGGACUUACUGUGUUGGUGGAUGGUGCUCUUGGGAACAAGGUGCGGUUUCAUUGGAGGGGGGCUGGAAGAGUCAAUGAACCGGUGCUCUCUCUCUCUCUCUCUCUCUCUCUCUCUCUCUCUCUCUCUCUCUCUCUCCACCUCUCCCCUCUAUCACUCUCUUUCCCUCCGGCAGUAGCAGCUGAGGAGCCGAUCCCGAGGAGAUUUAGAUCAGUCGGUUGGAUGGAGGAGUAGCAUCCCGGCGGUGGCUGAAGCGGAACUUCGAGUGGGUUUUUUGGAAGCGGAGGGUCCCUCUGGCUUCUCUAGCAGGACUGAGACUCUCUCUGGCAGGCAGGGCCUAGCUCCACAUUGUGUGUUCUCUGUUAAUCUCUCAACAAAAGCUAUGACACAAGUUCAACAGACUAUACAGCCGACGACCCGUCACGUGACACCGGCAAAACUGCUAUGUCGAGACUUUUUGCGUUUUCCCCCCCUUUCCAAAUGUCCACUUGUGAAUACCCACGCGGCCGUUGUGUAGAUGUAAAUGAGGACACACACACACACCAUGGUUCUCUUGUGUUUCCAUGAGCUAUUUUUGUGCACUUUUGGUGAACAAAGCAAUCUUAGGAGACAACAGGUAGGAUUCAUCAAUGUUACUGGUUGUGUUUUUGAUAUUCACCUCUUUGUAACUAUUGAGCUGCUGUUGUCACCAUUUAUAACAUAACAUCAUUCAUAACACCACAGUGUUACCAUGGGCCACCGAGCUGUGCUGCCCGUCCUACUGCCGUUUGUCUCUACAAACAUGUUGUCAUUUCUAUUAAUUGAUAGCGUACUUAUAGGUGGAACUGCGUUCGUUAUGCCACAGACGUGACUGUUAUAUAUUGGUCAUAGUCGGUCUACAGUAGCAGAUAAUGAUUGGACUGACUCAAAGCACUUGAAGUCAUCUAUGUCUUCUCUGUAUUUCCGUUUCUCCAUAGCAUAUACUUUGUGAACAUGCCCAUAUAGCUCUUGAUCGUUGGAAGGAUCCUUAACAAACACCAGACCUGCAUCUCCCAGAUAUAUAAUAAAUGUUUAAGUGUGAGUUAUUUGUCUUUUUAAGUGUAAAAUGUCUGAUUACUGCCUUGAUAAUUUGUGUUGAUGUUUUGGUGUUUUGUCCUGUGUCCGACUCUGUGAUUAUAAUAAUGACUAAUUAUGAAACUGAAUGCAAUGAUCUGCUCCUGUAAGCUUAAGCAAACAAAAAAUAUACACAGAUGAACAGGAAACAAUUAGGUAAAUGUGAAGAACACUUCCAUUAAAUGAUGGAGAGCACUGUCCACUGUUCCUAGUUUAUGUUUUGUGUGUCAAUAUCGAACUUGUAGCCAAUGCGUCUUUGUCUCAUGCCAACUAUUGACUGCCAAUUAAAGGACCAAUCCCAACUGAA